AUGGCACAACCAGAUCAUGCCUACAAGUCUUCAACAAUGUCGAACAGUCCCUGGAAUCCAACUCGCAGUUCAUUUACCGAUCCCUCGGUACAUGGCAGUUUCGACAAUGGCUUUUACUCAGCACAAAGGUAUGGUACUUCUCGGAACAAUACCAGCUCGGACUCAUUAGUAACAUCGGCCGCUUCAAGUGUCAACUACUCAGCUAGCAACUAUAACCUAGCUGGCGGUCUGCCCAUUGGUACUGGCGGCCAUAUGUCGCGACCCGAGUCAGCCUAUCCCGCUGCUCCAUCAUACGGCGCCCGUCCUGCUUCAGGAUCAUACGGAAAGCCUGUCGUCCAUGGCUCGUACAAGGGAGCAACCUCUCAGUCCUGGGAGAACCAUGAUCGAUACUCACCUACCGACUCGGUGGACGAUAUCAUCGCAUCGCCUAACCUGUCCGACUAUUCCCUGGAAAAUGGGAUGAGCAACUCUGCUCCCGGAGGAAAGUCAAAGUCAUCUGGCAAAGGUCGAUCGCAAAGACGUCCCUCAAACCGUGACGAGUUUGACGGUCCUCAUCAAUUCUUGCAGCGACCACCUCCCGAUGUCAUUGCUAUGCAGGAACGUGAGCUUCCUCACCUGCCUACGAACCUUCAUGUCCAAGAGCAGGACAGUGUUUUGAGCCAGGUCAAUGACCGUCUUUCGCAAUGCGCAUACGAUUUCGUUGCCAAGUACCAGUUCCCGAUUCCUCUCACCCAGGACAUGAGACCUGUUGAGCGACCUCAGGAUCGAGAAUGGACCGAGUGGGUUUACCUCCUCAAGCGUCUCGCAACGAAGCGACGCAUCCCAGCGCGAGUGCUCUACAAUGGGCAGAUCAAGCAGUUUGUCACAAUCCUCGAGAACUCACUCGAGAUGAGACACGCCGCUAAGCACCAGAGUCGCCCUCUCAAGGACGACCGCAACAUCCUUCAGCUGAUCUCGGCCGGUAUUCAGGUGGCCAAGAUCCUGAAGGAUGCGUCGGCUAUGGACUACCUAGACCGACUAUACGUUUCUACAGACAAGCAGAUCCAGGAUCGUGCCGCAGCGCGGUACCGAGCUUAAGAAUCCAAGCUUGAGCACACGAGUCUUCAAAGCGACUGACUCUAAUGAUAUACGUUAUAUGCUCUCCUAGAACAGGAGGCAUGAUGCCAGUGACGACAACGGCACGAAUCAGAAACAGGGAUGUGGCCCAGGCAAAAAGGGUUUGGGGCCACAAGCACAAUUUGACAUUGUGGACGAUAAUGUUU